CCCUCUUGCUCCUGCAGCUGCAGACACACAGAUAACACCUCUCCUUGUAAAUAACGAAACCCUCCUCAUGCAUGUUAUUGAUAACUAACCGGAGGCUACUGAAAGCAAAACGAUUCACCCCCGAAGAAAUACAUGAACAUAGACUACACCGCCACCUCACUGCGUCCCUUACAUGUUAAUCUGUUUACGCGUGUUAUUGCUGUACAUGGUAGGCUUCACAGAGGUCGUGUGUGCUUAUUAAAGGGGAGGAGAAAGUAGAAGGAGCUGAAUGGAGGGAGGAGGAGUGACAGCAACAGCUCAGUGAGGAAGAACUGAGUUUGAGGAAGAUAUCCAAAAAGCGCCUUUUUGGCUCUGAAGACUGAGCGUUUCUUCCUCAUAUAUUAACCAUACAUCCUUUAUUUGGAGCAAAGAAGAAACCGGUGCCAAAUAGUUUCCCAUAGCGAUCUUUGGGGUGGAUGAGGAAUUGAGACCUUCUUUUGCUUCAGAAAAGCAUUCAGUAAAGCUUCAGCCACCUGCUAGACAUGUCUGCUCCCGGUUAUCCAGGUGCUCCUUACCAGCCACCCUACCCUAUGCCACAACCUGGUGGCCAUUCUGUAGCACCUUACCCUUCUGCUCCUGGAGGAUACGGCAACCACAGUCAAGCCCCUCCACCAGGCUUCAACAUGAGCUACGAUCAUCAGGGCUACAACCAGGGCCCAGCUCCCAUCAUGUAUCAGCCCAGUCAGGUGGGACCUGGACCAGUUCAAGGACAGGAAUAUGGUGGCCCUCCUGGAGGGAUAAGCCCUGCACCUGUUGGUUCUCCAGCGGUCGCUGUUGGGGUCCCACCAGGGCUGGAGUACCUCACACAGAUUGACCAGAUCCUCAUCCACCAGAAAGUGGAGCUCCUGGAAGCAUUCAUUGGAUUUGAGACAAACAACCAGUAUGAGAUAAAAAACAACAUGGGCCAAAAGAUCUAUAAAGCCAAAGAGAAAAACGACUGCUGCACCAGGAACUGCUGCGGCUCUCUGCGCAGCUUCGACAUGAAAAUAAAAGACAACUCGGACAGAGAGGUGAUCCGUCUCAUCCGGCCUUUCCGCUGCGUCUCCUGCUGGUGUCCCUGCUGCCUGCAAGAGAUGGAGGUCCAGGCACCGCCGGGUACCACCGUAGGCUACGUCAAACAGGACUGGCACCCUUGCUUGCCCAAGUUUUCCAUCCAGGGACCCAAUAAGGAGACGAUGAUGAAACUGGAGGGGCCUUGCUUUGCCUGCAAUUGUUGUGGGGAUGUCAACUUUGAGCUAAAGAGUAAAGAUGGUGACACACCCAUCGGUCGCAUCAGUAAGCAGUGGAGCGGUCUGUUGAAGGAAGUCUUUACAGAUACCGACAACUUCGGCAUCCAGUUCCCGUUGGACAUGGACGUGAAGAUGAAAGCUGUGCUCAUGGGAGCCUGCUUCCUGAUUGAUUUCAUGUUCUUCGAGAAGGUCGGUGAGGCCAACCAGCGCAGCACUGUGUUUUCCUAACAGGGAGAAAUAGGAGGAUAAACAGCAGCAUGAGAGCAAGGACUUUCUCUGGUUAUGCACUCUCCAUUGAGGCUUUGUGUUAUUUUGUAAAGGUUUUCUUAAUCUUUCCCCCUCUGUCAAUACUGUGGCAUGUUUUUCUACACAGAUCCAAACUAACACACUCUUGAUUUACAAUGUCUGCCAAGGAAUGUUUGUUAAUUCGUCCAAACUGUGUGACGGAUUGUGGCUGCCACAUUGUAUAUUUUGCUAACGCUCCCUACAUUUCAUGGACUUCUACCUGUUUUUAUUCAGCCAGUGUACCUCCAUCUGAACUUUAAUCCCUGCCAAAGAAAGUCAACCUUAUCCUCUUUAUCUUUUCAUUAAAAAUGUUAACAUACAUGUUUGUGAUUGCCUUACACUACACUUGCACUAAAAUGUAAUGUUUAUAAGUAAUGACUGUUAGUUGUUAUUACGCUACUACUGGUGUUUUAUUAAGAAAGCCUGAAUAUAUCACAUGUAAGUGCACCACUUUUGAGGAUAUAGAAGCAUGAUUAAUUGCAAUGUAAUUCUAUCGAUGCUAGCAGCUACUCUGUGAUUUUGUCUGUCUGUUCUGUAUUUGGUGUAAGAGUGUUUUAAAAACCAAAUGUCAUGAUAGUUGAUCGGGAUAGCCACGGUGCCUUUAAGGUGAAACCUACCAGCUCUAGUCACAGUUUAACUUUGUUAUCAAACGACAUGUUCAGGACUAAAGUUCGUCCAUUUUUCAGGACAAGCUGUGUUUGGUGCUGAAAAGAAAAUGUAAGCAAACAAAAUAUAGCAAGUCAGUAAAAUUGGUCAACUUUGUACCAGCUAUGGUGUAACAUGCUAGCAUAACAUUGUGAGCAUGUUUAGAAGCUAGUUUUUAGUGCUUAUCGGCAAAUAGAGGCAAGCCAGCUUAUAGUGCCAAUUAUCAGAUUUUUGGCAUGUGACCAGUUUUACUAAGUUGGGAAGGUUUGCCAAGAUUAUACCCUGUAUGGUAUAUCAUGUUAGCAUGACAUGGUUUGCUAAUUAACAAAUGGUAGCAAGCUUGCUUUUUGUGCUACUUGCAAGUGUUUGGACGUUGGUGGUGUUUUAGCAAGCAAGCCGCUGUUAGCAAAUUUGAGCAUGAAUCAGCUGUACCCAUAGACUGGCUGUACCCAGUAAAUAAGAUUGGUCAACAGCAGGGGUGUCAAACAUGCAGCCCUCGGGCCAAAACUGGCCCGCCAGAGGUUCCAAUCUGGCCCACGGGAGGACUUUGCAAAGUGAGAAAAUUACUGAGAAGUCAUUAACUGCAAUUUUUCAAUUAAAGUAACUGAUAUUUCAAAUUUGUCCUACAAUCAAACUGCUCUGGGACUUUUUGAGGAAAAAUUAUAUUUGCAGUCUGCAUAACCCAGUAGAAAUUCAUCUACUUUUUGGACCCCUGCAUACAACGCUAUCUGCUGGAGCUGGGGGGGGGUCCAUAAUAGUCAACUUUACCUUCCUCCUUAUUAUAAUCUAUCUAUUUUGCUGUAGACAUAACUCUGUGUGUUAAAAUUUGGACUUGUCCUUCUUUAAAUGUUAUGAUUUCACAGUUCUGGCUCACUUUUUUUUUAAAUUAUAUAAUUUUUUGGGCUUUUCCACCUUUAAUGGACCAGACAGCUGAAGGGAGACAGGAAAUGAGGGGAGCAGAGAGUGAGGGAGGACAUGCAGUAAAUGGCCCAGGCUGGAAUCAAACCUGCGACCUCUGCUACGAGGGUUAUGGCCUCUGUAUAUGGGGUGCACGCUUAGACCGCUAGGCCAAAGGUGCCCCCAUUCUGGCCCACUUGAGAUCAAAUUGGGCUGUAUGUGGCCCCUGAACUGAAAUGAGUUUGACACCCCUAGUCAACAGUAUACCUCCUGUGGUAUAACAUAUUAGCAGGAGAUGUUGGUAGGUUGAGCUUGUUAGCAUGCUGGCUUCUAGCCGCAAGCAUUGCUGUCACUUAAUGCAGCCUUGCAGGUUUAGGGCUGAAAACUUUCGACCUCAUUAUUUAGAAAGAACAUUAUAGUAAACGUCAACAUUAGUUCAAGUGAACACUACCUUACUGUUAAGGGAAGUGAAAGUAGUGUUAGUGGGAGAAGUGGGAGGUUGUUUAACGUCUCUUAGUCAAAGUUGUGAACAGCUCAAUUGACACAUGCCAACAAUGUUACCACAGAGCUCUGUCAUUGCCACGUAGCUGCCUCUCUCUUCCCCAAAGCCCUCUGUGUCUUAGUGUACAUAAUCUAACAAAGCUGUGGCGCAGACUCAGCUACAGCCUAAAUGCUUUCAUACUCCCUCUGUGGUUUAGUGGUUUCCAUGGACACUAGCAUCACAGCUAAACCACACCCUGUAUGCAUUUCUCCAGAUACCACUGCCUGCUUUGAACAUGUGCCAGUGUAAUGAUAUAGGAGACUUAGAAUGUGGCUUAAAUGAGAGGAAAGGGUUAUGAGUAAAGGAAAUAAAAAGCAGAAGCUGAAGUCAGGAAACAUUAAUCCACUCUAAGUGGUUGGGAAACCUCAGAAGAGACACUUUUUGUAUUUUUUUCCCUGAAAGAUACCUUAAUGUGAACUUGUGCUUUAUCUCAUAUGAUUGCUGUGCUUUGCAACUGAAACAAAUGGCUGGUCAGUGUUUACACAUGUUGACUAUUGCUGUUGAAUGCAAAUCUGUGAUCUGUGUUUAACAGUCUUUCUUGUAAGAUAACAUGGGUGUGCCUCUUGUGAGGCUCUGUUGCCAUUAGUGCUCUCAAAUCUAAAAUGCAGCUCUCUAUUACACUGUUAGUAACUUGUCUUAUUGUAUGGGCAUAAAUAUAUAUAUCCUGUUGUUCCUACAUUUAACCUCUGUACAAUAUGACCUCCUCUAUGUAAGGAGAAUGUAACCAAAGGAUGUGCUGAACAUUGAAUGUUAUUGUUCAUUUGGUCGGUUUUGACAUCAACCAAAAGCAAUUGAUUUUUUUACACCCGUUUUUUUAAUUGCUAUUGCAGAACUAUUAGCCUCAGUUUCCUAUAUUUCUAUCAAAUCCAGUGUAUCAUUUAUUUGUAACUGUUUUGUGGCUAUGAAUAAUUUUUUUCAGAAUCAAACAAGUUCAGAAAUAAAACAAAUGCAAAGUGUCA